AUGCAACUCACCACGACCAUUCUUGCCGGGCUCUGCUUGGUAGCACUUGCCUUGGGUGCACCUUCCGACAUGGGCAGUCCACACUCCACGAUCGGCUCCACCACCUUCUGGGAGAACACGCAGACGCAGAAGUACCACUGCGAGGGCAAGGACGUCAUCCGCUGCGAGAUCACCGCCGGAGGUACUUGCUCUGCAAUCAACCUCUGCGAUGCGUACUGCUUCAACCACGACAAGGGCGUUGCAUGUGUUGACAUGGGGGAACCUAUCAUGAACACAUCCAGCGACAUCGACACUACCAUCCCCAAGGUCCCAGCUUCAGCGCCCGAUAUCAAAGUUGCCGCGAGAUACGCUUCACCUCAAGAAAACAAGCACUACAUCUGUUUCCAGGACCGCACUGGCGUUCUGAUCUGCAAAUAUGGCUUCUGCUCCACGGACCACUACUGCAAGAGCGGUGCAAAGUGCAAAGAUGACUCCGUCUCUUGCGAGAGCCAGUCUCCAUCAGCCAAAUCGGAAGUCCGCUCUGCACCUAACCAAAGCGAAGACGUACCUACCAAGCUCGUCGCAAGGAACCGCAGUCCCAAGGAGAACAAAUGGUAUGUCUGUUCCAAGAAUCGUGCCAGCGUUCUCAAGUGCGCUUAUGGCUUUUGCGCUACCGACUAUUACUGCGCGAAACGCCACCCUUGCAUCGACAAUCCUGCUCGCUGCAAGAGAGCGCUCUCAGCUUGA